AUGACCGCCGACGUCGAAAAGCCUGGCACCCUGCCGAAGGGGGUAUACCGGACACGGAUCCCACACUGGCGGAUGCUGGUCGACCAAGGCGCGAUCAACGAAGAGAUCCUCGCAUUCGAGUACCCAGGCAGCGGGACGGAGACAGACCCAUUCGUGGUGUCGUGGAUCCCCAACGACUGCCGCAACCCGCUCCUGUUCAGCACCGCGCGCAAAAUCAGCAUCACCCUGAUCGUGGCCUUCUCCACGCUCACCGUGUCGCUGACCUCAUCGACCUACAGCGGCAGCAUCACGCAAAUCGUCGACGACCUACAUGUCAGCACGGAAGUAGCGACGAUCGGAUUGGCGCUGUUCGUGCUGGGGUUCGCGGUGGGGCCGAUCGUAUGGGCGCCAGUCAGCGAGGUAUUCGGGCGACAGACCCCGUUCCUGGUGAGCUUCUUGGCGAUGACGGCGUUCUCGGCGGGGUGCGCCGGCGCGCAGAACAUCUGGACGCUGUGCAUCCUGCGGUUUCUCGCUGGAUCGUUCGGGUCAUCGCCCUUCACCAACGCCGGCGGCACCAUCUCCGACAUGUUCAGCGCGCGGCAGCGCGGACUCGCGCUCAGCCUGUACGCGGCGGCGCCGUUCCUGGGCCCCGCGCUGGGCCCCAUCAUCGGCGGCUUCCUGGGCAUGGCGGCCGGCUGGCGCUGGGUAGAGGCAUUCCUGGCGCUGCUGGCUGCGCUGGUUUGGGUGCUGAUGGCGACGUGCAUCCCCGAGACGUACGCACCGGUACUUCUACGACAGCGCGCGCGCCGACUCACGCAGCUCACAGGCCGCAUCCACCGCAGUAAGAUCGAACUGGACAAGGGCGCCGUCUCGCUGCCGCGGCUGCUCCGAACAACCCUCUCACGGCCUUGGGUGCUGCUGUUCCGCGAGCCGAUCGUGCUGCUCUUCGCGGUGUAUAUCGCGAUCGUCUACGGCACGCUGUACAUGUUCUUCUCGGCGUUCCCGAUCGUGUACGAGGAGCAGCGCGGAUGGAACCCGGGACAGGGGGGGCUGGCAUUCCUGGGGAUCAUGGGGGGUAUGGUGGUAGGCGUGGCGGCGACGAUCCCCGCGAAUCGGUGGUUUACGCGCACGCAGGACCGCAGCCCGGGCGGGAUGGCGCCGCCCGAGGCACGCCUGCUGCAGUGCAUGCCGGGGCCGUUGGCUAUCCCUGCCAGCCAGUUCUGGUUCGCGUGGACGGACGCCCCCGCGGUGCAUUGGAGCGUGAGUAUCAUCGCGACGGCGCCCUUCGGCUUCGGCGUCAUCCUCAUCUAUCUCGGCGUCAUGAAUUACCUGAUCGACGCUUACACCCUCUACGCUGCCUCCGUGCUCGCCGCCAACACCAUCCUGCGCUCUGUCUUCGGCGCUGUCUUCCCCCUCGUCGCCCCCUACAUGUAUCAUCGCCUUGGGAUCCACUGGGCUCCCUCCAUCCCGGCCUUCCUCUCCCUCCUGUGCAUGCCGGCCCCGUUCUUGUUCUAUCGCUACGGCGCCGCCAUCAGGCGGAGAUGCAAGUACGCCGCUGAGUCCGAUCGUUACAUGCGCACCCUGCAAGAGAAUGCCGCGCGCAAGGCGCAGGUCGUCGAGACGCUGAGGCCCCCGGCGAGCGAGCCGGUCGUCGUGGCUGAUGGGGAACCUGGGGCCGCCCAGGCGGUUGGAAGCGUACGUUAAAAGUGAUUUCGUCGUGAUUUUGGUUCUGGGUAGAUUGUAUGUAUAUAAUAGGCAUGAAUGUAUAGACCACCUGUCCC